AUGAUGGCAUUGAAAGCAGUUGAAGCAUAAGACACUUUUGUCCGUGCCAGAACUGGGGAUUGGACACUGAACAGCAUAUCAGCAGUUAGAAAAAGAGGGCCAGGCAUUGACCCCACAGCUUACUAAAGGAAUGAUUAACACUUUCUGGAGAAACAGGAAGAAGUCAAAGUGUUUCCAUGAUUCUCUGCUCCCAAACUUUACUUUUCCUUCCCAACUGGUUUGUCAGUCACCAUCAUCGUCACUAUCCCCAGUACCAUAUUCAGCAGCAGCAGCGUUGUCACUGUCAUCUGUGUCACAAACACCACUAUCAUUACUGUCACCAUCAUCUCUGUUACCAAACUCUCCAUCCCCAUCAACAUUUUCUUUAACUCCAGCACAUUCACCAGUAUCACCUUCUUCAGCUAUGCAGCCACCCAAACCACCAUCACCAUUUUCAGUCCCAUCAUCAGUCCUGUCAUCUCCAUCUCUAGGCCUAUCAUCCUUUUCACCUCUACCAUCUCCAACUCCACUCUCAUCAUCUCCAUCACCCUUAUCCCCCUUUUCACCCCCACCAUCCCCAUCUUCACCUCUAUCAACCCCAUCACCAUCUUCAUUUCUAUUAACCCCAUCACUAUCACCCUCUUUAUCCCCAUCAUCCCCAGCUUCCCCCCUUACUCCCUUACCAUCCCCACCUUCACCUACUUCAGCACCGUCACCAUUACCCUCUUUACUCCCACCAUCUCCAUCUUCACUUCCACUAACUCUAUCCUCAUUUCCAUCAACCCCCUCACCAUCACCCUCUUCACCUCCACCAUCCCCAUCUUCACCCUCACUACCCCUGUCUUCACUUCUACCAUUCCUAUCUUUACCCCCCUCACCAUCCCCAUCUUUAACCCCACCAUCCCCAUCUUCACCCUUACUACCCCCAUCUUCACCCCUACCAUUCCCAUCUUCACCCCCCUCACCAUCAACCUCUUCGCCCCCACUAUCUCCAUCUAUACCUCCAUCAUCCCCCCCUUCUCCCCUGUCAUCAGUAUCUUCACAAAUACCAUUUCCAUCCCAAGCAUCACAGACAUCAAAAGUACCACUGUCACAAGCAUCACCAUCAUCACUUUCUUUAUCAUUAUCAUCACCACCACCAUCACCACCACCACCGUCAUCACCACUGCCAACACCACCGCAAUCUUUAUCCCUACCAUACCCAUCAUCAGAGUCACAGAAGUUAUUGCCCUCUUUCUCAUCAACAGUAUCACGUGUACAAUCUUUCCUCUCAUUAUCAACGCCUCCACGGUCAAAAUUAUCAUCAACGCCAUCACCCCCUUCACAGCUGUCAUCAUCAGUGCCACAGUCAGCAUUAUCAUUAUCUUCAGUAGCACCAUUAGAACCAUUAUCACAACAACCUAAGCAUCAACACCACCAUCAUCAGCAUCCCCAUACUCAUCGAAGACAUCAUCACCAGCGACAUCACUCCUGUCAUAGACAUCAUCAUCUCCAUCAACACCGACAUCGCCUUUCCUGUCAUGAUCAUCGACAUAGACACCGAAGUUGCCCUAAACUUCGCUAUCACCAUUGGUUUCAUAGUCCCUGUCACCAUCACUAUAAGAGACACAUAAAAGUUGCAUGGUAGUUCUGCUAUAAUCUGUAGUAUUAGACCCCCAUGUUUGGAGACUAAUGGAAAUCAAGCUAUGGAGCCAAUGGAUCUACGGCAGCAGGUUUAUCAGAAAUGAACUCUUUUACUUCAUCUCCCCUCAGUAUUAGGUUUUUCCUCAGUUUCAUUGCUAGGGGUAAGGUGGAAAGCAGGACAGUCAUGGCAUGUUUGUCUGAGGGAAAUGUUAGAGCAAGCAAACCAAAAGAAGCAGGAAGGGGCCAUAAUGACUGCUGAAGAGGAAGGACAUGAUUGGUCUAAGCCAACCUCCUCUCUCCAAUGACAUGUUAAACCUAAACCUGACUUAGACUUACUGGAAAAUCUUCCUUUUAGGUGGCCCACUGAUGCUCAAACAUGUAGGUGUCUGGAACUCCUGCUUGCCUUUGAAAAGCAAUCUUAUCUGAUUGGAGUCUAUGCAUCCUAACUUACCACUGCAGUGAGAAGAUUGAUGGUGCAGAUUACAACAGGUCUGGCAGAUUUGAUCGGCUCAGAGACACAAUGUCACAACAAAUCCAGAACAAUUGCAACCAUUGUAAGGUAGAGAUGAGACAAGUGCAGUGUAAGUCUGACUUGAGAUAAUGUUGAGGCUGAGUCCUUGGGUGAGGAGAAGGAGACUUUGGGGGCCCUUGGCAAUUCUCAGAAACAUUAAGAUAUCAACCCAAUGCAAAUGUAUCUCCUGUAAGGAACUCCCAACCAGGCACUGUCCAAUAAGCACAAAUGAGAAUUGGCCCUACCAUUUGGACUUUAUGUUAUUAAUACUAUACAAUCCAGAUGCAGACCUAUUUCUCCUCCCUAUCCUACCAUGCUUCUUUGCCCACUGUGCUAUCUCUAUUGUACACAUCAACCUGAUUUCCCUCCUGAGCUACCUCACUUGGAAUGCUUCUUUCCCUCUUCUCCGCCAAUGAAAAUGUGAGUUGUCCUUCGAGGCCCAGAUCACUCGCCACCUCUUCCAGGACCCUACUCAUGACUACUCCAAACCAUACUAAUUUGCUUCCUGCUCUGAGUUCUAUAGCUCUUAUAUUUUGUACCACAGGAUUUAUUUGAUUCUAUAUUAUAUUCUCUCUUGUUCUCUGA